UCUAGGAACCAGAUCUGAACUCUCUGAUCUCUAUAUAUACUAACACCCACAUGCGAACGGUCUCGAUCGGCAAUUCGUAACACGAAGCAAAGAAAAUUCGAUGGAAAACACAGUUCAGUAUGCGAUCCUCCUCACUGUCCUCUCUCUAGUUAUUCUCUACUUCUUCCUAACAAGAGAACCCAAGAACCUCCCUCCAUCCCCUCCUUCUCUCCCUAUCAUUGGCCACCUCCACCACUUGAAGUUGCCCCUUCACAGGACCCUUCUCAGCCUCUCCACUAAGUAUGGCCCCAUCAUGACCCUUCGGUUCGGGGUCCGCCGGUUCGUGGUCGUGUCAUCACUGCCGCUGGCCGAGGAAUGCUUCACCAAGAAUGACGUCGUGCUUGCCAACCGCCCGAAGCUGUUCAUUGGCAAGUACCUCGGCUAUGACUACACCACCCUCAUCUUGUCGUCCUAUGGCGACCAUUGGCGUAACCUCCGGAAGAUCGCCACCAUCGAGGUUCUCUCGUCGCACCGCAUCAAUUUACUCUCCCAUGUCCGGAGGGACGAGAUCCGGCGGCUGAUGCUCCGUCUGGCCCAGGGCAGGUUCCAGUCCCACCACAGGGUCGAGCUCAAAACUCUAUUCUCAGAGCUGACGUUCAACAUCAUGAUGAGGAUGAUUGCAGGGAAACGGUACUACGGCGAGGGCUUGACCAUCGACGAGGCUGAGGCAAGGGAGGCGAGGAAGCUGAUUAAACAGAUUGUUGGGAGUGGCGGGACAAGUUACGUUGGCGAUUUCCUGCCCAUACUAAAGUUGGUCGAUUACAAUGGGGUCAAGAAGUGGGUGGUUGAGCUGAAAGAGAAGAUCGAUGCGUUCAUUCAGGGCUUGAUCAACGAGCACCGGAGGAAGAAGGGCGACCCAGAGCUCGCAGACAGCAUGAUCAGUCAUCUUCUGCAUCUACAAGAAUCUCAGCCGGAAGACUACUCGGACUCCAUGAUCAAAGGGCUUGUCCUUGUUUUGUUAGUUGCGGGAACAGACACAUCAUCGCUUACAUUAGAAUGGAUAAUGACAAACUUACUAAACAAUCCUGAAAAGUUAGAGAAGGCCCGAAACGAGAUUGAUUCUGUUAUUGGCCACGAUCGUCUGGUAGAAGAAUCGGAUGUUUCGAAUCUACCUUACCUUCAGUGCAUCAUCUUAGAGACCCUUCGACUAAACACCACGGUGCCACUUCUCGUCCCGCACGCAUCAUCAGCUGAUUGCACCAUUGGUGGAUACUUUGUUCCACGCGACACUAUUGUACUGGUGAAUGCAUGGGCUAUUCACAGAGAUCGUGAGGUGUGGGAGGACCCAUUGAGCUUCAAGCCUGAAAGGUUCGAGGGCAAUGGCGGUGAAAAACAACGAAAGCUGAUGUUGCCUUUCGGGCUAGGACGGAGGGCAUGCCCUGGUGCACCCCUCGCUCAGCGGGUCAUGGGGUGGACAUUGAGCUUGUUGAUUCAGGGUUUUGAUUGGAAAAGAGUGAGCGAAGAAAAGAUUGACAUGACGGAAGGCCCAGGAACCACCAUGCCAAAGGUAGUACCAUUAGAAUUAAUGUGUAAAGUACACCCUCGUAUGGGGAAACUUGUCCCUAAAGAUUAAGUUGGUCGACUAGUUUGUGCUAACUGAUUGGUUGGUUGGCAUGCUUUCAUGUUGUAUGUAGUAAGAGUCUACCUCCAUUCUAUGACUUUGAACUUUUUGUAUUUACGUCAUUUCCAAUCCAUUUGUUUUCGAACAUUAUAAUGGAGGUUCCUAGUGUAAAGAAGAGAUAUGGUGCUGAUGGCUACGGAUUGUACUUAUUUGAACCCAGUAUUACUUUUCUUAAACAACUUUAUCAAUUCUGAAAUUAUAUGUUUAGAGUA